AUGAACACUCCUGAAUACGACUACCUGUUCAAGCUCUUACUCAUUGGCGACUCGGGCGUCGGAAAGUCUUGUCUACUGCUCCGCUUUGCAGACGACACAUAUACCGAGAGCUACAUCUCUACCAUUGGCGUCGACUUUAAGAUUCGCACCAUAGAACUGGAAGGGAAGACUGUCAAGCUGCAAAUUUGGGACACAGCAGGUCAAGAACGCUUCCGAACCAUCACGUCAUCGUAUUACCGCGGUGCACACGGGAUUAUUGUUGUGUAUGAUGUGACGGACAAUGACACAUUCACAAACGUCAAGCAGUGGCUCCAGGAAAUUGAUCGAUAUGCGUCUGAAGGAGUGAACAAGCUCCUGGUUGGAAACAAGUCGGAUUUGACGAGCAAAAAGGUUGUGGAAUACACCGUUGCUAAGGAAUUCGCCGACCAGUUGACCAUUCCUUUCCUUGAAACCUCGGCGAAGAAUGCAACUAACGUGGAGCAAGCCUUCUUGACUAUGGCUAAGCAAAUCAAGGACCGUACUUUAGUUAUGGCCUCACCAACACACACCAUUGAGGCCGCAGUCUCAAAUCCAGAAGAUACUACUUACCAUCCUAAGGCUACCGUUGAAACGGCAGCGACCGCCGGACUCAAAGGAGCGGGGGUAGGACUGCUCGUCAGUGCUGUGCAGAAUGCCCUCGAUUCACACAAUCGCGGGGCUGCAGGCGUUUUCACUCGUACUGGUGGAACGAUAGGGUUUUUUGCUGGAAUGGGAGCCGUUUUCGCCUUCACUGACUCAUAUACUGCAAACGUGCGGCAGGUUGACGACCCAUUAAAUGGUGUUGCUGGUGGUUGUGCCGCCGGAUUCCUUGCUGGGAUACGAGGUUCAUGUGCUUUUCUUGGGGCUACUAUCGGGGCACUAGAUGUCAAUGGUGGAAAACUAUCAGGUGAUGGACGGGAUGCUGAUUCCAAGGAGGCAAGAGAAAAGCGGCGACAAACAUUUUUCAAGCAACCACGGAGUCCCGCCGAACCUGUAACGACAUCUGAGUAG